AUGAUUUCAUGGGAUUACAAUUUUGAACCUGCAGAUUUCCCUGGGACCUUUUGUGUUUUUACACUGGAGUCUGCAGCACUGAAGGAAGCUAUUGAUGACCUUGAGUGGCCAGGAUCAAGCAUUCAGAUCAAACUGCGACCAGAUCCCCCUUCCAUUUCCUUCAAAGGAGAAGGUCAUGGAGACUUGCAGAUAGCCUUGAUGGAUUAUGGAAACACUGAUCUUUUGAUAGCAUUUAACUGUGACCAUGAAGUCUCUUACAGAUUCUUGACGUGUUCAAGAACAAGUUUCUCCACGCGACAACUUCAAAUAUACCCAGCAGUGCUACUAAAGAUAACAGAGGAAGUUGAUUAUUGGGAGAGGUGGAAUGUUAAAAGUCCAGCACUUGGAUAUCAACAACCUGGUCGAAUUGCUUUCAUUGAGUUCUUUGUGAAGCCUGAGGAAGAUGUAGACACUGCUGAUGAGCAUGUCUAA